UCAUUUGAGCACUGUAACUUCCGACAAAACGAGCUGUUCUUCUGAUUCAUGGAUUUUGCUUCACACUGUUACUAUGCAUCGGAUACCGAAAUUCUUUGCGCAUAGUUCCGGCCGCCGUAAGGCUGGUGCAGACUCCGGCUCCGGCGCCAGCUGCAGCUCGAGCACUGUAAGCUCCAAGCCGAAGCCGAGGCUCGACCGGAUGAACGCCAUGAAGAACAUCAACUACAAGUUUUCUCCGUUCUCUACUCCAGCUUCUUCAUCAUCGUCGUACUACUCUGAGGAGGAAUCUCAACGCACGCGCUCGCUUGAUUUGUACGGCGGCAAGACGAGCUUCCGUAUAGAUGGAAUCGAUGGCGAGAUCGAGAUGUUCUGCCAAACCCUGGGGUUUUCGGGGAUUGAUGAUUUCGCGAUACCAGCUGAGGAGUACGAGGCGAUGAAGGUGAGAUCUUCUUCUGCUCCUGUUAUGUCCAGUCAGGCAAUCCAGCCUCUAGUGGAUUGGGAAAUGGGGGUUAAUUAUGAUGAAGUUGUUGAAGUGUCUGGUGAUAGUGUUUGUGUUGAUGUUAUCAGUCAGGAAACUGAGGGAAGUAAUAUGUAUAUUGGAUUUCCCGAGAAUACUGAUGAUAUCAUUAGUAAGAAUUGUGAGGAAAGUCUUGAUUUUGGUGAUAUGGAUAUGAGUGAGGAUACUGUUUCUGGUAGAAGAUUAGGGGUUAGUGCAAGGAUAAGUGAUGUAACUUUGAGUGAUAAUGUGAGUUUGAGAUUAAAUGAAUCCCGUGGAAAUGGUAUUAAGGGUAUGCGGCCUCUGAUUCUGGCACCACCACCUUCAAUCUCGUUGCCUCUGAUUGAUAAAGAGUGCUCAACUUGGGACAUCUUGAGAUCAUUUGCCCCAGAGAGUGAUACGAGUUUUCUGAGGUUUAAGCAAGGGUGUUGCUUGGAAGAGGAUGAGGAAGGGGCUGAGGUCAGUGGUAGAGAAGGGAAUGAGGAUGAGGACCAGGGGGGGAAUACAAGCAGAAGGAUAAUGGCAAUGGGAGAGAACUGUGUGCCCUCAGGAUCGUGUUCCUUUACCACGACUUCGAAUGAUGAUGAUUCUUCAAGUACUACAACAGAGCCAAUGUCAAGUAUUUCACCUAAUGGGAGAUGUCAACGCAUUAUUUUGGAGUGGCAGAAGGGUGAGCUCUUGGGUCGUGGAUCAUUUGGAUCUGUGUAUGAAGGAAUUGCGGAUGAUGGAUUCUUUUUUGCUGUGAAGGAAGUAUCUUUGCUUGACCAAGGGGAUGAAGGGAAGCAACACAUUAUCCAACUUGAACAGGAAAUUGCUCUUCUAAGUCAGUUUGAACACGAGAACAUUGUCCAGUAUUACGGCACAAAGAAGGACCAAUCACAUCUCUAUAUUUUUCUUGAGCUUGUUAAAGGCUCGCUUUUGAGCCUUUACCAGAAAUACAACCUCCGAGAUUCACAAGUCUCUGCUUAUACAAGGCAGAUUUUACAUGGUUUGAAAUAUUUGCAUGACAGAAAUGUGUUGCACAGGGAUAUCAAAUGUGCAAAUAUUUUGGUGGACACUAAUGGUUCUGUGAAACUUGCAGAUUUUGGUUUAGCAAAGGCCACUAAUUUGAAUGAUGUGAAGUCUUGCAAGGGGACUGCAUUGUGGAUGGCUCCAGAGGUUGUUAGGAGCCUCGGGUAUGGGCUUGCAGCUGAUAUAUGGAGCCUUGGGUGCACUGUCUUGGAGAUGCUAACCAGACGUUUCCCAUACUCCAAUUUGGAAGCUGUGACAGCAUUAUUUAGGAUAGGAAGUGGCGAGAGACCACCUAUUCCUGAUUCUCUUUCCAGUGAUGCACGGGACUUCAUACUUACAUGUCUACAAGUUGAUCCAAGUCGGCGGCCAACUGCUGCGCAGCUCUUGGAUCAUCCCUUUGUGAAGCGGCCCCUUGCAUCAUCUACAUCUCUCUAGCCAAGAAGAACUAGAGAACAAUAAAGGAACCACAAUGCACUAUGGAAUUGGCAUAUCUGCAUCACAGUUCUUUCCAGGUGCAGCUCUUCCGUUUUCUAGUAUUGGGUGACAAAAUUGUCGGGGUUGCAUUUUAUUUUGUAAAUACAUGAAUUUGAAAUCUCUGGCAUAUAUUUCCCUAGGUAUCUGCAAGGCAACUCUUUCUGUGUUGUUUCUUUAUUUGCUGCUUGGGAUUUCCUUCCUUAGCAGGUUGUUGCAUCAACAUGAUGGUUUUCCUCUUUUCUUGAUAGUGUUAUUUGUGUUUUCAAAUUAUUUCAGCUGGGAUUGUACAAAUCGAACCCCAGAAGUUAACUGUACAUAUAUAUGUUCCUUCAAGCUAUUUAGUGUUAGACGAUAGUGUGAGAUACGCAUUUGUUUCUGAUGAACUUUUGUAGUUGGGUUUCUGUUUUAAUUUGUCAACGUAAAUUGUCCUUUAUUUCUUCCA